AUGACGGAGUUCUACCUAGGUUCUAACCAAGUACUUCGAAUCGGGGGAAUUUUCGAGACACGGGAGAAUGAGCCUGUGAGUGUGGAGGAGCUAGCCUUCAAAUUUGCUGUCACCAGCAUCAACCGAAACAGAGCCUUAAUGCCAAACACCACAUUGACCUAUGACAUUCAGAGAGUGAACCUCUUCGACAGCUUCGAAGCCUCCAGAAGAGUGUGCGAUCAGCUAGCCUUAGGCGUGGUGGCCGUCUUCGGGCCCUCUCACACCUCCUCGGUCAGCGCUGUCCAGUCCAUCUGCAAUGCCCUGGAGGUGCCACACAUCCAGACCCGCUGGAAGCACCCGUCCGUGGACAACAAGGACACAUUCUACAUCAACCUCUACCCAGAGUACACUUCCAUCAGCCGGGCCAUCCUGGACAUUGUCACCUUCUUCAAGUGGAAGUCUGUCACCAUUGUCUAUGAGGACAGUACAGGCUUGAUGCGGAUGCAGGAGCUGAUCAAAGCCCCGUCCAAGAACAACCUGAAGGUCCGUAUCCGGCAGCUUCCCACGGGCAGCUCCGACGCCCGGCCCCUGCUCAAGGAGAUGAAGAAGGGCAAGGAGUUCUUCAUCAUCUUCGACUGCACCUACCAGAUGGCUGCUGAGCUCCUCAAACAGCUGAUGUCAAUGGGAAUGAUGACAGAGUACUACCAUUUCUUCUUCACUACUCUGGAUCUGUUUGCCUUGGAUCUGGAGCCUUACCGUUUCACCGGCGUGAACAUGACGGCCUUCCGCAUGCUCAACCUGGACAACCCUGCGGUGGCCUCGGUGAUGGAGAAGUGGUCCAUGGAACGGCUGCAGGCUCCGCCCAAACCAGACACCACUCUGUUGAAUGGAGUCAUGACAACGGAUGCUGCACUGAUGUACGACGCCGUGUUCAUGGUGGCCGUGGCCUCCCAGCGCGCCACCCAGAUGACAGUGAGCUCCCUGCAGUGCCACCGGCACAAGCCCUGGCGCUACGGACCCCGCUUCAUGAAUCUGUUCCGAGAGGCUCGCUGGGACGGCCUGACAGGACGCAUCGUCGUGAACAAGACCGACGGCUUGAGGAGAGACUUCGACUUGGACCUGAUCAGUCUGAAGGAGGAAGGGAAUACCAAGCUUGGAGUGUGGAAUUCUUUCACUGGCCUUAACUUGACAGAAAGGAAGAAAGACGAUAGCAAUGUCACUGCUUCACUGGCCAACCGAACACUUAUAGUCACCACAAUAUUGGAAAAUCCUUAUGUGAUGCACAAGAAAUCAGACAAAGUGUUGUAUGGAAAUGACCGCUUUGAGGGCUACUGUCUGGACCUGCUGAAAGAGCUGUCCAACAUCCUGGGCUUUUCUUACGAGGUGAAGCUGGUUUCUGACGGCAAAUACGGAGCCCAAAAUGACAAGGGAGAAUGGAACGGAAUGGUUCGAGAGCUCAUAGACCACAUUGCAGACUUGGCAGUGGCCCCUCUGACCAUCACCUACGUGAGGGAAAAGGUCAUCGACUUCUCCAAGCCCUUCAUGACGCUGGGCAUCAGCAUCCUGUACCGCAAGCCCAACGGCACCAACCCGGGGGUCUUCUCCUUCCUCAACCCGCUGACCCCCGACAUCUGGAUGUACGUGCUGCUGGCCUGCAUCGGGGUCAGCUGCGUGCUCUUUGCCAUCGCCAGGUUCAGUCCCUACGAGUGGUACAACCCACAUCCCUGCAACCCAGCCUCAGACGUGGUGCAAAACAAUUUCACGUUGCUUAAUAGCUUCUGGUUUGGGGUUGCUGCCCUUAUGCGACAAGGCUCCGAGCUGAUGCCUAAAGCUCUCUCCACCAGAAUCGCUGGAGGAAUCUGGUGGUUCUUCACGCUAAUCAUAAUAUCCUCCUACACUGCCAACCUGGCCGCCUUUCUAACCGUCGAAAGAAUGGACUCGCCCAUCGACUCUGCCGACGACCUGGCCAAGCAGACUAAAAUCGAGUAUGGCUCAGUGAGGGACGGCUCUACCAUGACGUUCUUUAAGAAAUCGAAGAUCUCCACCUACGAGAAGAUGUGGGCGUUCAUGAGCAGCCGCAAGAACACGGCGCUCCUGAAGAACAACCGCGAGGGCAUCACGCGGGUGCUCACCACCGACUACGCCCUCCUCAUGGAGUCCACCAGCAUCGAGUACAUCAGCCAGAGGAACUGCAACCUCACGCAGGUCGGGGGCCUCAUCGACUCCAAGGGCUACGGCGUGGGAACCCCCAUAGGGUCUCCUUACAGAGAUAAGGUGACCAUUGCCAUCCUGCAGCUGCAGGAGGAAGGCAAGCUGCACAUGAUGAAGGAAAAGUGGUGGCGGGGAAAUGGCUGCCCGGAGGAGGACAACAAGGAGGCCAGCGCCCUGGGCGUGGAGAACAUCGGCGGCAUCUUCAUCGUGCUGGCCGCCGGCCUCGUGCUGUCCGUGUUCGUGGCCAUCGGCGAGUUCAUCUACAAAGCGCGCAAGAACUCCGACAUCGAGGAGUGCUGUGAUGGAGGAGCUGAGCAUUUCCUUCAGGUGCCACCGUGGCGCGAAGAGGCGGGCGAGAGGUCGAGGACGAGCGGGACUGGCCAGCACCCUGUGCCACCCCAAACGCGCGCUGCGGAAAGAGACGGUCACGUAGAGACGGCGUCCUUCAAACUGUCACAGCUGCUCCCUGAUGAGCUGCUCUGAGGCUAGCUGUUUAUUUGUCUGUUAUGUAUUCAUUAAUUAAGUUAUUUAUUUAUUUAUUUAUUUGCUGUUUUAAUUCAUCUUUUUUUAUUUUUGCUUUGCAACAUUGGGGUUAAGGACAGUUUGUAGUUCUCUCAGUGUACUUGCUUAGAAUAUAAUUUUGUUUGUGGUGAAUGAAUUCAUUGUGAAAAGAAUGUGGGUGUUCGGGGAUAGAUAGAAAUCCCUCCUAUGAUUAUUUGUUUUUUUUUUCUUUCCCGUGC